ACAGAAAACCGAAAAAAGUAGCCUUAACAAUACAAUGCAAACUGAGAGCUAGUGCCAGCCAAUUUCCAUGUCAAACAUCCCAUUGCUUAGUAGCUCCAUUUGUACGCGUGAAUUGCAGACCAAGCACCCUGCGAAGCCCACAGAAAGGUUAGCGCAUACCUUCACACACUGUUACUGGGUGCCAUCGCAGUUCAAUUCCGGUUUGCCGAGCCUUUUCACCCCCUUUGCUCUGUCUUCAAAUGGAAAUGAUUCCUAUUGGCCCAAGGUGUCCGUGUAAAUAGGUGUAAAUGAAACCAGAUUAUGCCUCUCUCCCACCCACCCCUCAUCCUCCUCCUCCUCCCAAGGCGAUUGUCAUGUGAUAGCAAAGAAGUGGCACAUUAAUGAAGCGCCGCUCCGGGGGUCUUUUCUGCUCAUGUCACCACAUAAAACUAUCAGAUGGUUCGAGGAAGGCCAUGGAGGCAGGCACUUAGCUCACCUUAUCAAGCAAGAAGAGAGGGUAUCUCGUCUAUUCGUCUGAUUCGGGAAGAGAAAACUGUUCGCCAUUUGCUUAUAGGCUAAAGCUUAUCUACAACUCAUCUAAAGAGGCAGAAUUGUGUUGUUUUUUUUUACACCCGCGACAGCAGCGAAGCCUCACAUAAACAGCGAAUGCUGCAGCAUCGGACUCCCAACUUUUAGCGCCUUGAAACUUGGACAAGCGGCAGCCGGUAAAUUGCGCCUUUUCUGUUGUUUUAUGCUCGUGCCUCGCUUUAAGAUUUGUUCAUUUCGACAGCUGCUUUAGUCAAGAGGAUGCCUCGCCCGGGCAGAAACACUUACAGCGACCAAAAACCUCCCUAUUCGUACAUCUCUCUGACGGCCAUGGCGAUCCAGAGCUGCCCCGAGAAGAUGCUGCCGCUUAGCGAGAUCUACAAAUUCAUCAUGGACCGCUUCCCGUACUACCGCGAGAAUACACAGCGAUGGCAGAACUCACUGAGGCACAAUCUGUCCUUUAACGACUGUUUCAUCAAGAUCCCUCGGCGGCCAGAUCAGCCGGGCAAAGGCAGCUUCUGGGCGCUGCACCCGAACUGCGGCGACAUGUUUGAAAACGGCAGCUUUCUUCGGCGUCGCAAGCGUUUUAAGGUGCUCUCAUCGGACCCUUUGGCACCGAGCAAGCCUUCAGAAGCUGCACAUUACCUGCAGCAACAGCAUGCAAAGCUGCGUCUGAGCGCGCUGGCCGCCACUGGAGCGCACCUGCCACAUGUACCCGCCUACAACCUGACCACACCUCCGCCGUCUACCUUCAAGCACCCGUUCGCUAUUGAGAACAUCAUCGCGCGCGAUUACAAGGUACCCGGCGGCCUGGCCUUUUCCACAAUGCCUUCCAUGUCUGCCGGUUACCCGUUACACGGUCAGCUCGCCACAGCCUGGCCGCACGUGUAUGGCGCGGGAGCUCUUGAGAGCGCUGCGCCCAUUUCCGUGGCAAGCGAUUACGGUGCAUAUGGCGUGCCUAUCAAGUCGCUGUGCCACGGAGCGCAGAGUUUGCCCGCCGUUCCGGUGCCCAUCAAGCCGAUGCCACCGCACCUGCCCGCGUUUCUCUCGAACUCUCCACAGUCUCUAAGCCCCACAUCCCCUCACACGGCAACCGGCCAAAGCAGUCCGGCCAACCCAAGCGACACGCUGAGCGGCCCGGCUACACUGCAGUCUGUCGCCGUGCACUGACGCGGGCCAAAGUUGACGGAAAUUUUCCGGGACAAGGAACUGAAGGCCUGUAGACAGCUUCUCGGCUACAUCCAAAACCUCACACUACUGUACUUAAUACAGAAUAUUACGCCACCUGAGGUUUCAUAUACAUUUAUAUAUUUGACUCUUGGAUUUACUGCAGUUUUCACAAGUCCAAUCUAAAGACUCUGCUUUCUAAAAAAAUGCCCCAGUCUGAAUAAAUAAAAAAAGGUUUUCACAUGAAGGCUCAACUUUACAUAAACGCAAAGGUGGUUGGCAUGGAGAAGUUGUCUGGGUUUGUUUUGUGUUUAUCGCUUUUACGCACCAGAUAAUCCUGUAUCUUACUACAACAUGCGUACUAUUUUUGCCAUAUCGCAUUAAGUACGACAAUUUGCGGUGUAGGACGUAGCCAAAUACCUUCUCCAAAGUUUCAUUUUUAUUUUAGCCCUUGAAAAUGUUUACCACAAUGUUAGCCUACCGCUAUACAAUCAAGGCAAGAGCUAUAUCUGUGUUGCAGUGCUGUUAAUUUAUGUGUACGUGUUUUCCGAUUUUGUGUGUUGCUUUAAAUAGUUUCCGUCUGACUCAGUACACCGACUCAGUACAGAUAGAGGCAUAUUUUAUAGUGUUUCCUAAAGAAAAAAGAGUUUAACUCUGACAUUACCAGAAUCUUUUGUAAUUAGAGGGAAAUAUUAAUAAUCCAAUAGUAAUGCUGUCCUUUUAAUUUCAGAAUUUUAGUGUUAAUAAGGUCAUUAUUCAGGACCGACAGUUAAAAUCACUUUGGUUUAUACAGUUCCAUUUGGUGUGAGCACCUUUAGCAAACUUUGCAACAAAUUAUUUUUAAAUCUUAUUUUGUCUGUUACUAGUGCAGACAAAGUUUAAUGCUCUUCGUUAAGACUGUACCACAAAACAACAAAAUGAUCAGCAAAACUUUUUAUUUUUCAUACCAAACUAUAUCAUAAUUAGAUUUUACAUAUGGGUCUACACAUAUUGAAAACUUGAAAACUACAUUUAAAUGGUGACGUAAAGGCGUAUAUAUGUGAAUAAUUGCAAAUAAGUGAUAUAAAAUUGUGUUAAAUGAUGCACUUUUUAGUUCGAUGUUUUAGAUGAUCUCUAUUUUACAGGAGAUGUUUUGUGGAGCAUUUAAUUUAAAGCCGUGGUGACCAUGUGUAUUAAAUGCCGUAAAUUUGUAAACAUUUUUUUAUGUUCAGAUGUAAAGCAUGCAUUUUCGAAACUUUGUGUUGUUUUGCUGCAAGCAUGCGAGCUUUUAAAAAAGUGUGCAAAACGUCUGCAUUAAAUUAUAAACUUGGUCAUCAGAAUAUUUUUUCAUUAAAA